GGGUCGCCCCGAAAGCGGAGAGGCGGGCCCGCAGCGUGAGGCGGCCGCGGGGGGCCGGGGCGCGCUGGCCUCGGGAGCGCGGGAUGGCGGGCGCAUAGCCGCGCCAGGAGCCGGAGUCGCCGUCGCCGUCGCCAAAGCCAGACUAGCUGCGCGCCGCCCGCUGCCGCGCUUGGCUGCCGGUAGGGGCCCCGCCGCCCGCCACCCGUGCGUCCUGGGCCCGCUCAACCCGUUGCCCGCCACCAUGCCCACAGCUGAGCCCGCGCUGCCAGAGGACCCUGGGACUUCGUGAGGCCGCGCUUCUAGGCGGCUGUGAGCCAGGCCUGCGGGCCGGCCGGUGGUGGCCGCGGCAGUCUAGCGGAGGAUGGAUGGCCGAGACUUCGGGCCUCCACGGUCCGUGCACGGCCCCCCGCCGCCGCUGCUGUCCGGCCUGGCCAUGGAGAGCCACCGCGUAGGCGCCGCCACCACCGGACGCCUGCCUGCCUCGGCCCUGCCCGGCCCGCUGCCACCCGGGAAGUAUUCAGCCGGCCUCAACCUCCACCCGCACCCGGGCGAGGCCUUCUUGGGCAGCUUUGUGGCCAGCGGGAUGGGGUCCUCGGCUUCGCCCCAUGGGAGCCCAGCGCCCCUACCCUCGGAGCUGUCCUUCCGGUCCCCCACCCCCAGCACCCUGCCCAUGGUGCAGCUGUGGGCUGCACACGCCCACGAAGGCUUCUCCCACGUGCCCAGCAGCCUAUAUCCCUCCUUCCUGCACCUGAACCCCCUGGAAGCUCCCAGCAGCGGAAGCCCCCUCCUCAGCCAGCUGGCCCAGCCCAGCAUCUUCGACUCCCAGAAAGAAGGCUUCUACCUGCCGGGCCCCACCGCCCCGCCCGCGCACGCGGCCCCGCGCACCCCCGCAGCCCCCCGAAGCGCGGCGCCCAAGGAGCGGGCGCGGGAGCGGGAGCGGGAGCGGGAGCGGGAGCGGGAGCCUGGCCGCAGGGAGCGCGGCGUGGUGGAUCUGACCCAGGACGGACGCCCGGAUGGCCGCCCCGACCGACAGCGCCUGUCGCCCUUCCCGGAGCCCCGCGCGCUGCCCCGCCCACCGCCCAGCGAGGCCCGCGGAGAGCGCCCCGGGGUGCUCGCGCCCCCCGACCGGCCAGCCGGCGCCCCGUCUGUCAUCCGCUCGCUCAAGCGGCCCCCGCCCGCCGCGCGCGCCUCCCCGGCCCCGCGCGCGCCGCCGCCCCCCCCGCGCGCACCGCCGCAGCCCUCGCGCGCACCGGCCGCCCGCGAGCCGCCCUGGGCGCUGGAGCUCGGGCCCCUGGCCGCGCACAUGGCCGCCCUGGCCGCGCCCCGGACCCCGGCCGACGAGCCGCCCGCGCCGCCCGCGCCGCCCGCGCCGCCCGCGCCCCACGACGAGCCCUCCGCCCUACACGGUCUGCUCCGCUACAGCGGCAGCUUCCCGCCGCGCGAGCCCCGCGCGCCCCCCGCCGGCCCCGGCAAGCGGAGCCCCUUCGGGGGCCUGGGCACCAUGAAGCCCGAGGCCCCGGCCGCCGCGCCCCGCGCGCACCCAGCCGCCCGCCCGCCGCCGCCCUGCGCGCCCCCGGCCGGCCGCCAGCUCAAGCGCGACCCCGAGCGACCCGACAGCGCGCGCGACGCCGAGGUGCGACACCCGCCCGUGGGCAUCGCCGUGGCUGUGGCCCGGCAGAAGGACAGCAGCGGCCGCCUGGGCUCCGGGCUGCCCGAGCAGGAGCGCCUGGUCGCGGGCAAAGGACACGGCCGCACGGAGGAAGAGGUGGGCGAGGAGCGAGCCCGGCAGCGGGAAGAGCGUCUGCUGGGAGCACGGCUGGACCGAGACCAGGAGAAGCUGCUCCGGGAGAGUAAGGAACUGGCCGACCUGGCCCGCCUGCACCCCUCCGGCUGUGCUAACAGCGGCCUGAACCCCAACCUCAUGGUGACUGGGGGACCCGGGCUGGCCGGCUCGGGACGCUGGUCUGCGGACCCCUCCUCCCACCUGGCAGCGCACCCCUGGCUGCCUCGCUCUGGCAGCGCCCCCAUGUGGCUGGCCGGGAACCCCUACGGCCUGGGCCCCCCAUCCCUGCACCAGGGCAUGGCGCCCACCUUCCCGCCCGGCCUGGGGGGGUCCCUGCCCUCGGCCUACCAGUUCGUCAGGGACCCCCAGUCAGGUCAGCUGGUCAUCAUCCCUAGUGAACACCUGCCCCACUUUGCGGAGCUGAUGGAGCGGGCCGCAGUGCCCCCUCUCUGGCCAGCGCUGUACCCCCCGGGCCGCAGCCCCCUGCACCACGCACAGCAGCUGCAGCUCUUCUCCCAGCAGCACUUCCUGCGGCAGCAGGAGCUCCUGUACCUGCAGCAGCAAACGGCCCAGGCCCUGGAGCUGCAGCGGAGUGCCCAGCUGGUGGAGCGGCUGAAGGCCCAGGAGCAGCGGGUGGAGCUGGAGGAGAAGGCCAGCAAGCGAGGCCUGGAGGCGGCGGGCAAGGCCAGCCUGACGCCCACGGGCCCCGGACUGCUCCCCAGGAAGCCACCCGCCCCCGCCGGCCCCUACAGCAAGACCCUCAGCCCCCCACCCUCGCCCCGCGUGUCCCCUGUGGCCGCCCUGAAGGCCAAGGUCAUCCGGAAGCUGGAGGACGUGGCCAAGCCGCCAGCUUACGCCUACCCCGCCACGCCUCACGCCCACCCCGCCUCUCCACCACCUGCCUCCCCGCCGCCCACCCCUGGCACCCGCAAGGACGAGCCCCCCGAGAACGAGGUGGAGAAGAAGGAUCUGGACAUGGAAAAGGCACCCAGCCCCUUCCAGGCCUUGUUCCCAGACUUGCCGCCCCGGUACCCGUUCCCGGCCCUGCCCACGCACUACGGGAGGCCCUACCCGUUCCUGCUCCAGCCCACAGCCGCUUCGGACGCCCACGGCCUGGCCCCGGAUGUGCCGCUGCCCUCAGCCGCCCCCGAGCACCUGGCCCUGGCCCCCGAGGACAAGCCCCUCCGCCUGUCCCCGUCCAAGGUGCCUGAACCGCUGCGCCCGUCCCCACUGCCCGAGCGCGAGGUCAAGGCGGAGGUGGAGGACGUGGACGAGGGCCCCCCCGAGCUGCCCUCCCUCAGGUCCCCACUGCCACUGCCCCCCGAGGACGCCCUGGUGGCCCCCAGCCCCGAGGGAGACUGCAGGGGUGGCCUGCUGGAGGCCCCGGCGCUGAGCGCCAGCCAGGGGCCCGCGCAGCCCCCCGGGCCCCCCCCGGACUUUGCAGAGGACACAGAAGCCCGUGCCGAGUCCCCGGGCCGGACAGAGCUGGGCCUGGCUGCCCCAGACCCCGGGGGUCCGCUGACGCCCGAGCCGCUGGUGGAGGCCAAGGAGGAGCCGGUGGAAGUGCCCGUGGCCCUGCCCGUGGUGCAGGCGGGCCCCGAGGGGGACCCGGCCCCAGCGGCUGCCACGGAGCCCCGGCCAAGCCCUGUGCCCGUGGACCGUGCGGCCCCCGUGAGCGACCCCGAGUGCCUGAGCCCGGAGGUCCCGGAGGUCCCGGAGGCCGUGCCGGCGCUUGACGGCACGUCGUGCUUCCUAGAGGAGGCGCGCCCCGAGCUCUUCCCACCCGGCUUGGACGACCCCCUGGCCGGCAUGAACGCCCUGGCCGCUGCAGCCGAGCUGCCCCAGGCCCGGCCUCUGCCCUCGCCGGCCGCCGGAGCCCCGACACUGGAGAAGCUGGAGGCGCAGAGCCUGGUCCUGGAGCAGAGUUUCCUGCACGGAAUCACCCUGCUCAGCGAGAUCGCCGAGCUGGAGCUGGAGAAGAAGAGCCAGGAGGUGGCAGGGGCGGUGCGGCCCUCACUGGAGAGCCUGCUGGCGGCGAGCAGCCACAUGCUGAGGGAGGUGCUGGAAGGCCCCCUGGGGGACCCGCUCAAGAGCCUGCGGCUGCCGCGUGAGCUGAACCCCAACAAGAAGUACAGCUGGAUGAAGAAGAAGGAGGAGCGGAUGCUGGCCAUGAAGUCGUCUCUGGAGAGCAUGGACGCCAUGGAGCUGGACUUCCGCAUGCGGCUGGCUGAGGUGCAGCGUCAGUACAAGGAGAAACAGCGCGAGCUGGGCAGGCUGCAGCGUCGCAGGCCCUGCGAGUUGAGCAAGCCGCUACUGGCGACAGAGGACUAUGAGCUGGGCGCAGCGCUGAGGAAGCGACACAAGGGGCCCGAGGAGGAACCGGACGGCAAGCCGAGGGCCCGGAGCCAGGUCUGGGGGGAGCAGGAUGCCUCCCUGGACCUCAGGACUCAGCUGAAGAUCAAGGAGAAGCAGCUGGCCAGCGACCAGGAGCAGCUGGCCAGCAAGCUGGACAGGGCGCUGUCGCUCACCAAGCAGGACAAGCUCAAGUCGCCCUUCAAGUUCGCCGACGGCGCCGGGGGCAAGGCCAAGGCCAGCGGGGGCUGCGCCAGGUACCUGCCGCCCUACGACAGCCUGCUGGGCAAGGACCGCAAGGCGCUGGCCAAGGGCCUCGGCCUGGCCCUCAAGGCCUCCCGCGAAGGUAAACACAGAAGGGCGGCCAAGGCCAGGAAGAUGGAGGCGGGCUUCAAGGCGCGAGGCCAGCCCAAGCCGGCCCACUCCCCGUUCGCCUCGGAAGUGAGCAGCUACUCCUACAAUACGGACUCGGAGGAUGAGGAAGACUUUCUGAAGGACGAGUGGCCGGGCCCAGGCCCCUCAGGCGCCAAACUGCCGCCCUCCCUGCUGUGUGGCCCUGCGGCCAAAGGCAGCAGGCCCUCGGGAGCCCCCAAGCUGGGCCGGCGGGGCCUGGGGGGUGGCCGGACGCUGAGGCCACAGCCCACAGGCAGCCGGAAACAGCCCUUCUGCCUGCUGUUCCAGGAGCUGGACCGCUCCUCCCUGAGCGACUCCUCCGAGGAGGACUCGUGCGACCAAGAUGAGAGCUCCGAGGAGGACAUGGAGGAGGAUGCAGAUGAGGUGGUCGGCUUCCGGCGGGGGAACCGGGAGCGGCCACUGUCGCCCGGCCCUGAGGAGAGCGGCCUGGGGCUUCUGGCCCGCUUUGCUG